AUGGGGCCAAAGAGGCGCAGCAUCGGCCAACCGGCUAGUCUGGGCGAGAGAUUGAACAGAUGGUCAGAGAAUCAGGACCCAGAACUGUCCGCCGCCGCCAAGGACGCAUUCGAGAAGUCCCGGGACUCAUACAAAUUCGACUUCGCCGCUCCCGGAACUCAGAAACGCCGCCAGCAAAACUUGGAAGAAUUCACCGCGUACAUCGUUGGGAUGGCGAAGAUGGCUGGCCAGGAGAUAAGCGAUGAGAAGCUCUGGGGCAGUGAUGUGGUCGAGGCCAACCUUCGCGCGUAUAUCCGAAUGUGCGCCAAAGAGAUUGCCCCUCGCUCUUACAAGUCCGCCUCCAUCAAGUUCAGCACUCUCAUCCAGCGUCGACAGUCCAUGAUUUUUUGGAUCAACAAGAAGUGCGCCGACGACGUUUCGCGCAAAGACCUCUGGAACGCAUCGCAAGAGGCUCUCCACCACGCCUAUCGGGCCGAAAACAUGGCCAUGGUGACGGAAGAGAAGAUCUACCUCACCAAGCUCGACAUGAUCAAUCUCCUCGAGCAUGACCAGUACACAUCGUACAACGCGGAGAAUGCGCAACAACAGCAUAUCGCGUGGCUACUCGCCUACGUCUGUGGCGUUCGUCCGGGCACGAUCGGAGCGGCCAAAUUCUACGGCAACCAGUGCCUUACGUGGGGUGAUGUUCAUGUGAAGCGAGUUGGUCCUAACAACUUCUCAGCGAAGGUCUUGUUCAAGUACUUGAAGGGCUAUCGCAACGAGAACCUCAAGCCUCUCCGCUUCACCUGUGCUGGUCCUCGAUUCGCUGAGGAUGUCGCGUACUCUCUUGGCCACCGCUUGUUGGCACUGGCGUUGCGACGCGGUCUUCUUCAAGACUACAACACGGUGGAAGAACUUUGCAACGAUGACAAAGUCAACAUCACUUUCAAGCCCGAAGCUCGCGACUUGCCGAUCGUGUUUGCAAGCUCGCCCAAGGGCCUCGAGCUGCAAAAGCGUCCAGCAGCGUCCAAUGCUAUCUCCAAUUACAUGCAGCGCGCUUGCCUCUCGUUCGGACUCCCUGCUGGUAUUACGCUGUAUGCCUGGCGUCGCUCUGCAGGAACGAAUUUCAAAGACGCCAUCAAUGCCGACGCAGCGAGAGGCCUUCUAGGCCAUGAAAUGCAAUCUCGCACGUUCGAGACAUCGUACGAUCAAGCCUCUGUUGCUGUCGACGUGACCAGCAUUGCAAUGGGCAGGGAUCGAGCAACGGUCGAGGAACUGAUCGACAGUGUUUGCAUCAAUCGUAUCGAGCGUGCCACGAGAAACAAGGAUGUGUGGAUCAAGCGGUACAUUCAAGAUGACGAGGCAUAUCAGCAAGCCAGCAAAGACGAACAACGCGCAAGCCUUGCCGCCGCAGGAUCUCCGGACAAUGAGACUCUGCAAGAAACCGCCAAUACCGCUGCCCGCAAUCUUCACAACAUCCGUCGGAGCCUGCGAAUUCAGGGCGCACUUGCCUUUCAGAAGGUUGAGCUCGACACGGUCGCCAAGAACUUGACAUUCGAAGAGAUCGAGCGCCGUACUCGGGAUGCGAAGGAGCCUGGCCGUCUGCAAAAAUUGCUCACCGAGGUCGCCGACGAAGCCCGAGCGAACGCGGCUAUUCGAGGUGAGGCGCUUCGCACGGCUGCUGCCGCAGCUCGCAAGGAGAACUCGAAUACGGACGCCGAAGUCUUGCAGGACGAUUACGAGGUGUCCGAUCUGGCAGAUAUCCGAGCCAAUGCCCGAGCCGCUGCCGAAGGAGAGCUUCUCGACGAAGAAGACGCCAGCUCGAUCGAAGUGCCAGGAUUCCAGUCCAGGCCAGCGGAGGAUUCCGAGGAGAAGGCACCUGAUCAUGAAGUAGUAGCUAUCUCGGCUGCCGGUAAGGCACUUCUGGAUCUCAUGUGCAACCAGGAGGAUCUCUUCACUGGUACCAUGACCUGUCGUUUGUGCGAGGCCGACGAGACCGUUCCUGAAUUGGAGUCGAUGGAUGAUGAUGAUGAUGAUGAUGAUGGCGCAGGCGGUGAUGGUGAUGUCGGCGACGGCGAUGGCGAUGGCGCCGAUGCCAACGAGUCUCAAGCAGCUACUGGAGCAUCGACAGCCACAACGGCCAAGUCCAAGGGCAAAGGCAAGGGAAAGGCCAAGGCCGAGGAACCCAAGAAGGCCAAGAAGGUGUCUCCUGCAAACUACAAGGGAAAAUUGUGGAAGGCCGGGAAGCUGAAACAGCACCUUGGCCAGGAAUUCCACACUCCGAGGAACAAGUUCCUGCGCAUGUACAGGGACUCCAACACCAAGUGCCCGUUCGAAGAGAGUUGCGAGUAUGUCGGCACGGGAUCGGCUCUCUUGAAGCAUGCCCACGAGAAGGUCACGCAGUCGGACGAGCAUCUCCUCGGCGCCGCUCGCGCUGGUCUCUUCAGCCGCGAAUUCGAUCCGAAGCUCGAGCGCACCAGUGCCGUCAAGACAACCAAGAAGAAGGACACUGGAGACAUCGGAUACGUCGCACCCGUCGACCCGGAAUCUGUGCCAGACAGCGAUCUCAUCCAUCCGCGAAACCUGACAGCUACGGGCGAUCUGGAAGUCACCGAAACCUCGAAAGACAAGUCCAAGGCGAUCCUCCGUCUGCCAACCAACGACAAAUUGACCCACACUGCUCUGUGGAAGCAACACGAAGAAGGCAUCCAUGGCGCUGUUGCAGACAUUCUCCAGCAACAGAGAGCUUUCAUCGCCGGCGCCGCCGAUGCGGCUCUACGCCAGCACAAUGUGAUGCCCGACGAGACAGGUGGUACUUCUGGGAAGGCAUACGUGAGCAAGUCGAGGCUCAGAACGAUUGCGGUCCUGCGUCAGCGCCUCGAGGAUCUCAACUUCCAGUGGGCUGACAGCAUCGACGACGCUGUCAACGCGGCUGAUGAUGCGGUGGACGAUGAGAAUGAGACUGGUGGGGCUGAGGUUGGAGCGGAGUGA